AUGCGUGCGACCGGAGAUGGUGCCUCUCACGCCUCAGCAGCAGGUGCUUCGUCGCCUGUCGUUGUGAAUCGUCCGCGUGGUGAGUCACCACGUGCGACAGGUACAUCCGUUGCGUCUGCAGCGGGUACCGCGAAUCGUAAACCAAAUGAGUAUGAAAUAGAGCUGAUCUAUUCUGGCGAGUCGGAUGAUGUAUCCGAAUCGAAGGCGACACCUCGCGCCUCCGGGUCAUUCGGGGAGGACAAGGCAAGAGCCAGAUUGACUGGCUCUGGUCAGCGCGGCAGCAUCAUGACCGAGGUCUUCGGAUCGAGUAAUUAUUUCGAUGAGUCUCCGCCUCACGCAAGUCCAUCCAACGAUAGGACGCGAGGAGAUGGUGGUGAUGCACCUAUGCGUCACCACGAGCGAAGUAACUCAAGGGAUCGGGGUAACAUUGGUGCCAGUGCUCAUGCUGGCACCAAUCAAGAGGCCAGGGACCGAAAUGUCCUGCUUCACGCUUCUCAAGUGGAGUGUCCGUGGAUGCCGCCAUCCAGGGAGUUAAACCGGUUGGCCGGCAUGACUACCGAUCGAUAUUGA